UGUGUGAACUGAUAUAUAUCAGAAGCUAUAUCAGAAGAAUGUUGGACUGUGGAGCAGUGGUUGUGUCUGUGGUGCUGUACAUUCUGCUAAUGCCAGGGUUACUUUUUCAAGUACCUGGUCGUUCAAGAUGCGUGGAGUUCGGAAAUUUUCAAACCAGUGCUGCUUCCAUACUCGUUCAUUCUCUUCUCUACUUUGGUCUCAUUUGUCUCUUCUUGUUCGCUGUUAAGGUCCACUUUUACAUCGGCUAGUUACAUCAACUUCUUCUUCUUCUUUGUUUUUUCAUGCCUUUCUAUCACUUCAACAUUUACGUACGUGUGUGUCUGUGUCGUCUUUUUGCUGAGUUCCAACCUUAAUUUCUACAAAUGUUUCUAGUUUCUUUUGUUUCGAUCAUGUUUGGUUACUUUUUCAGAAAGCAAUAUUAUUCACUCUCAUCUCUGAUACGUGUAACAUCUCCACAGGAUUUGAGAGUUAGUUAAAUGUUAUAAUUUGAUUAGUGAAUUUGAGUCGAUGCUUUGUUCAGCAUGAUUUUCUGUUAAUAUGGAUUUGAUUCUUUAAUGUUCU